AUGCUGAAUUUUAUCUUUGCAAGAGAUCUUUUAAGUGCCUUUGGUCUAGGCUAGAAAAAAAUCAACCAAAUCCUCUAGAAGGAGAGUGAGAACAAACUAGAGGAGUUACUAGCAGAGGAAGAGACAAUUGGCGAGUGCAAGUAACAAAAUGCAAAGCUGUUGGAUUUCCUGUGCUAGAAAGAAAAUUUAAGGAAAUUAGUUCAUUUUGCUACCAGGGACCCCACCGACCCUAACAAUAAGGACCUCGCACAUAAGUAUCCAUUCGUAGCUACAGAUAUUCUUGUCAGUUGCAUGCGUAUUGCAGAUUAUAUGAUACAGUAAAAGCAGAUCGAUCUGAAUUAAAGUGGAGAAAACGAAAAUGAAGAGGAAUCUGAUUAAGUCAUUACUGAGACAUAUGAUGCUCAUGUACCAAAAGAGCCCUAAGUAGAUAGCAAUACCACUGAAAAUCAGCAAGAAUCUCAAAAAGAUAAUUAGGUAAAAGAGGAGUCAAAUAACCAAGAAGAAGAAUAGAAGAGUGCUGCAACAGAUACCUAGAAUAAAGAUUUAGACUUAUAUGAUCAUGAAAAUAAAUAAGAAGAGGAAAAAUAAAAAGAUGAAGAUGAUGACAAGGAUGUUAAUGUUGAAGAGGAUGAUGAAGAUUCUGCAGGUCCAGGUAAAAACAAUAAAAUCUCAAUCUAAAUAAGCACAUUAAACAAUAAAAAAGCUAAAUUCGACAACGAAGAGCCUCCAAUUCAGUAUGAUUACUCUUUAAUAGACGAGUUAUUCUCUUUACUUGACAUUGAAACCGAAAUCUAGCCAAUUCUUUGCGGUUACUUUAAUAAAAUAGUACAAGCCUUUAUGGGUAAAAUCAAAUAAAAAAUGCUUCACUACUUGCUGAUAGUCAGAAAGGGAGAUGUUUUCACCAAGCUUACUCAUUUUAUGCAGUAUCACUCACUGGCUCAACUCUUAGUUGAAUUAUUGCAAAUUAAAAUAGUAACUGCAGCUUAGACUUAAAGUGCUGCCAAUCGUGACAGAUUCAGUUCUGACUUCGAUAAAGAAGAUGCCAAGGGUAAUUAAAACGAGGAAUCAGAUGAAGAAAAAAAGGAAGCUGAUCCAACAGCAGGAAUGACCAAGGUUGAAAGAGAGAUGUAUUCAGUUCUAAAUAAAAAGAGAUAGGAAGUGGUUGAGUACCUGAUUAAUUUACUUUCCUUUAGAAACAAGGAUAUUGAACAGACUAUGAAUGCUCACUCAAUCCUGCUUGAACUAGCUGACAACGAGCAAACAUUCGGGAAAUUGGUUGAAAAGGAAAAUUUAACCAAUCUGAUAAAGGCUGCAUGUGAUAUAGGCAACAGAAAUCAAGCAUAUGCUCUUAAUCUAAUUAUUGCAAUUAUUAGAGAAUUCCCAGAUUAUGAGAAGUAAAUUGGAUCUCUAGCUUAAGAGUUUACCUAAACCAUAGGUAAUCACUUCUUAGACAUCACUUAUUCAUGUCUUUUGACUAUUAGACAGCCAGACUCACCUAAUGAUGUCUAGGAGAAUCAGUCAGGUGUUACUCAUCGUAAAUUUGGUCUUCGCAGACUAAAGGCACUUGAGUUAGUCAGACAGGAGUUACAAACUCUAAAGAAGUAUGUUGAACUAAACUCGGAUCAAUACAUCAGCACAAUCCUCAGAAAGUAAUUAAUUGCUACUAUGCUCGACAUCAUUGAACGUUACCCCUUCAGUUCUAUUGCUAAUUAACAAGCAAUAUUGGUUCUUGAUUUCCUAAAGCAGGCUCUAGACCAAGAAGAGUUAGAGUCUCUUAAGAAAUUCGUUGCUAACAACCUAAAUGAUGAGGAUGCAGUAUAUCUAAAGUUGAACAGUGGAAGACUCACUACUAAAGCUAAUCUUGGAACUAUUGUUUAAAUGGGUAUUGCAAUCAAGAAAAUGAAUGAUGAAAACCCAAGCAUUAAUGGCAACAACAAUGAAAAGAAGGAAGACGAGGAAGAAGACGAUGAUGAGGAGCAAGAAAGAAGCAUCCAGGAAAAUGACUGGAUUGAGUUCUGUAACAACCAACUCAAAGUCUUUGAGACUAAAUGGACAAAGAAGUUAGAGGACUACGGUGAAGAGGACAGAAAAGAACAAAAUCUAUUUAAGAUACCAGCCAAGCCCAUUCCUGAUAAUGAAUCUAGAAGAUACUCAGAUACUCAGGAUGAGAGUCAAGAGCAGUUGCUAGAUAACAUGCUGAAGCUAGGUUAAAUGAAAUAAAACAUAAUUAAGAAACGUAACCAGGAGGCCAUGAAUAAAAAGGGCCAGAAUUCUUCAAAGCCUGAGUAGGAUGAGGCUGAUAAUGAAUCAGACAAUAAUAAAGAAGAGGAAAAUAAAUAAAAUAAUCAAGGAGACAAAUUCUUCAGCAACCAGUUUUGGAGAGUGCCCGAAGCUUAUAAUGUAGAUGACAUUCUAAGCGAAUUAGAAUGA